AUGGCAGGUCUGAAAGACGAAGAAUGCAGAACGAAAUUCCGUGAACGUGUGUCUAUUCAUGUUGGAGUACGGACAAGGAAGAAGCUUACCGAUGCGGAUUCUUUCACAAAGCUCCCCUCAUCGAAACCGUCAUCAACGCAUUUCUUACCAGGAAUACAAAUACCAGGAAUGUUCGUUCGCCUACUUGAUGACAUCAGUCAACGGACAACUGCAACGAACACCGACUUCGAGCACCAGCCGGAUGUACAACACCGUUUGAAGUGGGGCCCCUUGACCGAUCUCGAGUAUUUCGACGAUCUUGUUAGAUUCGCGGAAAGCAGUAGAAAAGUUCGGCAUGUUGUCCACCUUGUAUCGAAGCUAGCUGCAGCCUACGUAUUACGCUCAUGGAUGACACACCUUGGCGAAAAUGUGGACUGUGACAUCAGGCGACGAUACCUGUCUAUCGAUUAA